CCACAUUUUAGAAACGCCGUGGUGUGUCACUCCACUUAUUGACGCGCAAGCCCCUCAAGCCUAUCGUCAGCCCGUACCGGGAGGGGACCUCCAUGUAUGACGCCCGGCGCUGUGCAGCUCCGCGGGUCAUGAUUGGGAUCAGCUUGACCGAGCACAAAGCGGCUAUUCUAUUCGGGACACCACGAAGUUAGCAUGCCGUGUUCGUAUUUCCUGUCCUAACAACGUGAGUAGUGGCACGGGACAAGGACACUAAUUCGUUCUACACCAAUCCAUUCCCAUUCCAUUCACUGGGCCAUUCCCUCCCGGAGCUAGUGCUGUUUACAACAUCUUGACGCAUCGAGACCUUGACCUUCUACAUUCCUUUGUGUUUGCUGGACAUACACUCAACCACAACCGACCAUCGCCCUUCGCUCAUUUUCAACAAUACAAGUCCACAUUCAACAUGGACCUUUAUCGAGCUACAUUCGCCGGAUCGCUGGUGCUAAAUGCACUUGCUUUCUACCAGUCGCACCGCUCACGUAAGGCGGCCGUCGUGGAGACUGCGACUACGGAAAAAAAAGACGAGCAUCAGCAUAUAGAGCCUGAUCUAGAGGGCUUGAGCAAGCUGAAGAAGCGCUUCUUCCCUAUUUACUUGCUCGUCAAUGCCGCGGACUGGCUCCAAGGACCAUACAUAUACCCUAUUUACAAGGAUGAGAAAGGACUCUCCGAAGAGACAGUCGCAUUCCUAUUCCUGACGGGAUUCAUCGCCGCCGGCAUCUCCGCAUCUUUCGUUGGCGCACUCGCAGACCGAUAUGGGCGCAAGACAGCAUGCUUGGGUUACUGCGCUCUGUACUCUCUGUCGUGCGCCACUCUCCUUACCAACAACAUCUACAUUCUCUUCUUUGGUCGCAUCCUCGGUGGUGUUUGCGGUACCGUUCUUUGGAGCGUCUUCGAAAGCUGGCUGGUUGCUGAAUUCAACCAUCUCAUGCUUCCCGACGGCGAGCCCCACCUCAGCGCCAUAUUCAGCACGAUGACCACGUCUAACACGUGUGUGGCUAUCGGUGCGGGUAUCUUCGCUGAGUGGGCAGUCAGAAUGGCAGGCACCGCAAAGGCGCCGUUCAUGGCCUCCAUUGGGUGCUUGAGUCUGUCCUUCCUUGCCAUCUCGAACUUCUGGGGGGAGAACUACGGCUCAAGCAGUCGGAGAGCAUCAGAGACUGAGGGGCUGCUCCAGCAGGAGGAGGCCACCCCAGCUCCUCCAGCUACUUCUGCUCUCCGAACCAUUCUGCGUGAUCGCAACAUUAUGAUGCUUGCUUUGGUCUCAGGAUUCUUCGAAGGAUCUCUUUUCUUAUUUAUCUUCUUCAAGUUUCCAGCGCUGAAGCUCAGCCAUAAACUGGCGGGCUCAACAGAUGAACUACCAUUUGGUCUCAUCUUCGCCAUUCUGAUGUGUUCGAUGAUGUUUGGUUCGCUCCUUUACAAACACCUCUCCACGUCUGCCUCACCCGUGCCAGCACAGAAGAUGCUCACAGGCAUACUUGCACUUUCGUCCGCCUGCUUCUUUGUUCCUGGGCAUUUCCGGGACGAGCGCGUCACGCUGUGGUGCUUUUGCAUAUUUGAGCUGUGCUGCGGAGUUUACUACCCCGCAAUGGGCUCUUUAAAGAGCAAGCUUGUUGAAGACGGCUCACGAGCCAGCAUUUACGGCAUUCUUCGCAUUCCACUAAACGUUUUCGUUGUGCUUGCCUUGAGCACUACGAAAGAAGGCGAAGCGCAUCGCGACACGGUAUUCACCACGUGCAGCGUGCUCUUGGUGGCGGCUGCAAUUGUCGUUCACAAGACACUGACAUGAUCUCAUCACAGUUUCCACUUUCCUUUUUCGUCCCCCUGCAUGGCACUAAAACCGAACAUAACCUCGGGAGCACACAUCCAUCAUCAAUGAGCCUCGCGUAAAGCGGAGCAGUAUCCAAGAUAGUCGCAUCGCGAAAUAGCGAUUUACAUGUAUUAUACCCACAGUUCCAUUGAUAGACACAAUCGAUCCUAUGACAUCAU